AUGAAAACCAUCCCACUUCCUGACCCUACCAAUGAUAUCAAAGUAGGAACUCCCUGUACAGUCACAGGAUGGGGAACUAUCAGUAAAAGAAGGAGAUUUAUGACACUUCAUGAAGCUAAUGUCACCAUCCUUGACAGAAAUAUCUGCAAUGACAAGAAACAUUAUAAUUCUCAUCCAUUUUUGACAACAAAGAUGGUGUGUGCUGGGGAGAAGAAAAGAGGGAAGGAUUCCUGUGUGGGUGAUUCCGGUGGGCCUUUGAUAUGCAGUGGGGAGCAAAGAGGCAUCAUCUCCUAUGUUAAAAAAUGUGAUAAUCCCCAAUACCCUGGCAUCUAUACUCAGCUUACAAAGACCUAUAUCUCCUGGAUAAAGACGAUCACAGAUGGAAAUUCACAGACUGAAUGA